AUGAUGUUCGUCACAGCCAUGGGAUCGAUGAUCUUAUUCGUUCUGUACAUGACGUUCACUGCACAGGUCUCGACGUUAGCGGUUCAGUCUGACUUAUUUGCGGUCACAACAGCAAAACUGAACGCUAGCCUGGCACCGGAAGCUUCUUACGAGAAAACCUACGGCAGCGACGAUCACAAUGAUUCGCAAAGCCCCAGCUACGAUCGGACGACAGAAUCGACUCUCGUGCCAGACAUUGUUCAGCGCUUGGUUCCUGGAGUUCCCGACACAACGAAUUUGUACGACAAAUAUGCCGUGUACACCGACAAGUGCCGUAUCCGACUCUACGACUCAAACAACAAGGCGGUCAUCAAGAGAUUCUUCAAAUCCGUGCCCACAAAUUGCCCCAGAAACGCGAAACCCUUCGUUUUCGUGCCUGAUCUAAACGUGACAGGAGGCUAUUCGUGCAUAGGUUUCGACGUUGCAGUCUCCCGGAAGCACUAUGGAGCUGAGGAGAAAGAUUGGAAGUGCAUUUACAAGGAAGUAAUCCGAGGGAAAAAAUACGAAGUUCUCGACAAGCACUACGAGUACGGAAGGGUUGAAUCUUUCGUGCCAGGAGACUGCCCCCGGAUGGAAUUCCUGUGGAUUGAGUGCCACUUAUCGAAUCGAACACAGAAUUACACUCAGCCCCUCAUGCUGCCCCUCGUGAAAUCGGUGGUGAAACAGAUACGGAAGAACAAUCUCCGCAAAACGCCCAUGAACGUUCUUGUGGUUGGAAUGGACUCCGUAUCACGGCUCAACGCGCACAGACAGUUUCCGAGAACUCUGAGUUUCCUGCAGACGAAGAAAAACCUGGUUGAGCUGUUUGGCUACAACAAGAUUGGACUGAACUCGGCUCCGAACCAGAUUCCCUUAUUGACAGGAGUGAAGUACAGCGGGGAUAACCUGAAGGCGAGAGUUACGAAUCAUUUUUUCGACAAUGAAACGAGAUACCUCUGGGAUGAUUUCGACUCUCGAGGCUUCCGGACGAUGUACUACGAGGAGCAAUGGAGCUACGGACUUUUCGUCUACCCCUCAACGAAUGGCUUCAAGAAGGUUCCCACCACCUACUGGCCUCGACCCAUGUUCCAAGCGAUCGAUGGUUCGAAACUCAAAAAGAAAGGAAACGAUCUGUGCAUAGGACCGCAUUUCCCCGCGAAGCAUUACUUGGACUACACAUUGAAUACGCUACGGAUUCUCGGCAGCGAGCGACCUCUUUUCUCCUAUUCUUGGCUCAGUGAGACCGCUCACGACGACCUCAAUGGAGGCAAGCGAGUCGAUGGGUACUUCUUGGAUUUCUUCAAAAAAAUGGACGGCGAAGGGAUUCUGAACCAUACGGCCGUGUUUUUCAUCUCCGAUCACGGAUUCCGCUUCGGAUCCUUCCGAAAGACUGAACUCGGUCGGUACGAGGACAUGCUUCCGUACGGUUUCAUCCUGCUGCCGGACUCUUACUUCGCACAGUAUCCGGAAGCCCUAACGAACUUGAGAGCUAAUGCGCGGCGCCUGGUGACCGUAUACGAUCUCCACGUCUCGAUGCUGGAGUUGGCCGACUCCUGGGAUGAGGACCGAGUGGUUCGGACGCCGAACGGUUUCAGUCUGUUCAGCAAUAUAAUUCCGGAGAACAGGAAUUGUUUCGAAGCGGGGAUCGAUUUUCAAUUCUGCUCUUGCUUCGAAGCUCAGCCAUACGAUCGCAACAGCUCAUUGGCUUCCCACGUAGCCGCCUUUCUAAUCGGGAAAAUCAAUGAGAUUGUGAGCAACAACUCUGCGACAUCGAAAUGCCAUCACUGGGAGCUCGGAUCAAUCGACAGUUUUGACCAGCUUUCGGAAGGCAAUGCCUGGACGAACUUCUACAAAAUGUCCCUGAAAACAGAGCCUGCCGCUCAAUUCGAAGCCGCCGUGGAACUUCACUCAGAGGAGAACCUGACCUUACUCUCAGACAUCGAUCGCACAGAUUGGUUCAGCUCGCAUGCUGAGUGUGUCAAGAGCACCGAAUACGAGCGUUACUGUUACUGCAGAUGACAAGUAUUUCCUAUGGUGGCUGUAGCUCUGAUUGCCAAGUGAUCGGGAAAUCCAUCCCUCAUGAGACGAUGAUCUGUGAAUUUCGGAAAGAAUUGAUUUUCUCCCAGGUCUUCAAUAUAAUUGUACAGUAGAUGUAAAGAUUGGAGGCCGACGACCGAAUUAUAUCUAGUCAGCGCGGAGGGUGUAUGAGCCUGAAAGUCGAGAUCGAUGUUCAAGACACUCUUUGAAUAAUACACGGAGAAACUGUGAUGAAUACAG